AUCUGCAUCAACCAAACGGACGAUCAAGAGCGGCAACACCAAGUUGGUCUAAUGGCGAAAAUAUUUAGGCGGGCCGAGAAAGUGUUGGUCUAUCUUGGGGUAGAGGGAGAAGUGGGAGAUCAGGCUGCGUCGUUGAUUGCAGAGGUUGGAGCCACAGUGAAGAAACAGCUUUUUGACGCUAAAGACGUGUGGAACCUCACGCUAACUGGCAAAAGUGCUUCAAUUUUCAAAGACACGAGAUGGGAGGCUUUUCAUGCGGCUUUACAAAGUCCAUGGUUCACCCGCUGCUGGGUUAUACAAGAAGUCAGUCUGGCACGAAACCCAAGAGCUCUUCUAGGUGACAGUGAGUGUGGUUGGGAGGACUUGAUCUAUCUAUACUGCCUACGGAUGGAAUAUGAAUGAUCUGACCCCCAGAGGUUGGAAGUUGCAGGAAAUUCACUACAUCAGCUUAGAUGGAUGGCAAACUAAGCAUGGAGAACGGCCAAUGUUGAGGACAACAGCACUGAACUACUCUACGAUGGGAAGGGGCCUGCUGGAAUUAAUGAGGGCUAUAAGAGUCCUUGAGAUUUCCGACGAAAGAGACCGAAUUUAUUCAUUGCUUGGCCAUCCGUCAGCAUCUUACCCUACGAAAACCACCAUCGUCCUAGCAGACUACUCCAUCGACUUGGAUAUCCUGUAUAUUCGAUUUGCUAAGCGGUGGCUGGGGAGAACAAAAAACCUUAAUAUUAUCUCAUCAGUUCAUCACACCGGCAACAGCCUCGACACGGAAUUCCCUUCGUGGGUGCCACGGUGGGACGUUCCAGGGCCAUGCACCAGCUUGGAUCAUCCGACAUUAAGAAACCAUGCUUUCAAUCCGCAAUUUUCGAUGAUAAGAGACAAAUUGCGAGUUCGUGGAGUAGUACUUGAUGAAAUUGAUUAUUGCAGCCCCAUUUUUCCUGAGGAAGACGACGGCAAUUCGUGGCUCGAGUACUCUACGAGGAUAUGGGACACAUUAAUGGAAUGGGAACUGGUCGACGGCUAUGGCUCUGAUACCCUGCAAGCUUAUCUGGAAACUUUGUCUGCAGAUGCUCCAGAAGAUGGACCUCUGUUUCAAGCCAGUGAUCGAGCUGCAUUUGGGUUCGAACUGUUAAGCAGGUCUAACAGAAGGCCUAACAUUCCCGAGUCCUUAUAUACUGUAUGGAAAAAAAAUUCAUGAGGGGGAACUUCUACGACUUAUAAAAGGUUUGUCGCGGACUGGUUAAAGCAGAGAACUUUUGUCCAUGCAAAAGGUGGUCAGUUCGGGAUUGCACCAGGGCAAACAAGGGUUGGUGAUCAAUGCUGCAUUGUUUUCGGAUGCGAGAGUCUUCUCCUCAUCCGAAAACACGAACAUGGAUUCAAAGUUGUGGGGGAAAUGCAUAUUCACAAUAUAUGGGAGCAUGAAGUUCUCGCGAUGUGGCAGCGAGGAGAGAAGAAACAUGGUGAAAUCACUCUAUGUUAA